CCCCCAGCAGCACACCCUCGCCAACAGAACAGUUUGAUGUUUGAAGAGCAGCUGCUACUGUCUGGCUCCUUUUUGCUUUUGCUUUUUACAAGAACCGCUCGUUCACUCUUGCGGAAAUCUUUGGACAAACAGAAUUAAGAACUUGGUUCCAUCACGAAAAGGGACAUUAUUCAUCUCCUCCACAGGAGGACUAUAGAAGGCAGACACGUGGAUCGUGAUGACGAUAGUGCGCCAUCCCAGGUAAACCUUUGACAACAACAAGACAUCAAUGACAGUACAGGUACAGUUUUAAAGAGCACUGUGCUCAUCUAAAGGCAUGAAACGCUCAAGUGGACUAGUCCGAGUCAACAUAUGGGAAUUCUUCAUUGGAGGAACCUUUGAAGAUCUUUGAUAGGAAACUAGUCUGGAUAGAGUCAUCGGAGGAACCUUUAAAGAACUUUGACAAGAAUCUAGUCUGGAUAGAAUCAUCAGAGGAACCUUUAAAGAACUUUGACAAGUAAGUACUCUGGAUAGAGUAUUCAGAGGAACCUUAAAGAACUUUGACAAGUAAGUACUCUGGAUAGAGUAUUCAGAGGAACCUUAAAGAACUUUGACAAUAAAUUAGUCUGGAUAGAAUCAUCAGAGGAAUCUUAAAGAACUUUUGAUGAGAAACGAGUCUGGAUAGUCAUCGGAGGAACCUUUAAAGAACUUUGACAAGAAACUAGUCUGGAUAGAGUCAUCAGAGGAACCUUUAAAUAACUUUUAUAAGAAACUGAUCAGAUAGGAUCGUCAUAGAAACCUUUAAAAUAUCUUUGAGAAGCAACUAGUCUGGAUAGAAUCAUCAGAGGAACCUUAAAGAACUUUAAUAAGAAACUAGUCUGGGUACACAUCGGAGGAACCUUUAAAUAACAUUUAUUAGAAACUAGUCCAGAUAGAGUCAUCAGAGAAACCUUAAAGAACUUUGAUCAUAAACUAGUCUGGAUAGAGUCAACAGAGGAACCUUUACAUAACUUUGACAAGAAACUAGUCUGGAUAGAAUCAUCCUAGGAAUCUUAAAGAACUUUUGACAAGAAACGAGUCUGGAUAUGCAUCAGAGGAACUUUUAAAGAACUUUGACAAGAAACUAGUCUGGAUAGUGUCAUCUGAGGAACGUUUGAAUAACUUUUAUAAGAAACUGAUCAGAUAGGAUCAUCAUAGAAACGUUUUAUCUUUGAUAAACUAGUCUGGAUAGAAUCAAAGGAACCUUAAAGAACUUUGAAAAGAAACACGUCUGGAUAGAAUCAGAGGAACCUUAAAGAACUUUUAUAAGAAACUACUCUAGAUAGUCAUCUGAGGAACCUUUAAAUAACAUUUAUAAGAAACUAGUCCGGAUAGAGUCAUUAGAGAAACAUUAAAGAACUUUGAUAAUAAACUAGUCUGCAUAGAGUCAACAGAGGAACCUUUACAUAACUUUGACAAGAAACUAGUCUGGAUAGAAUCAUCAGAGGAACCUUAAAGAACUUUUGACAAGAAACGAGUCUGGAUAGUCAUCGGAGGAACCUAUAAAGAACUUUGACAAGAAACUAGUCUGUAUAGUCAUCAGAAGAACCUUUAAAGAACUUUUAUAAGAAACUAGUCUGGAUAGAAUCAUCAGAGGAACCUUAAAUAACUUUGAAAAGUAACUAGUCUGGAUAGUCAUCGGAGGAACCUUUAAAUAACAUUUAUAAGAAACUAGACCGGAUAGAGUCAUCAGAGAAACCUUAAAGAACUUUGAUGAUAAACUAGUCUGGAUAGAGUUCUCAGGGGAACCUUUACAUAACUUUGACAAAAAACUAGUCUGGAUAGAAUCAUCGGAGGAACCUUUACAGUACUUUGACAAGAAACUAGUCUGGAUAGAAUCAUCAGAGGAACCUUUACAGAACUUUGACAAGAAACUAGUCUGGAUAGAUUCAUCGGAGGAACCUCAAAGAACUUUGAUAAGAAACUAGUCUGGAUAGUCAUCGGAGGAACCUUUAAAUAACUUUUAUAAGAAGCUAGUCCGGAUAGUCAUCAGAGAAACCUUAAUGAACUUUUAUUAGAAACUAGUCCAGAUAGAAUCAUCGGAGGAACCUUUUAAAGAACCUUUAUAAGAAACUGAUCAGAUGGGAUCAUCAUAGAAACCUUCAAAUCAUUUUGAUAAGAAACUAGUCUGGAUAGACUCAUCGAAAGGAACCUUUCGAAAACUUCAUCUUGUUAACAAGGCUUUAAGAACAUACUCUGGCAACAAUGGAUUCUCAAGGUGGUCCGUACCUAAACAGGAGGGCACUCCUGUCACCUCUUGGCGCUGCUCGCCUUUGUCAGCUGGCAACGGGCUGCGCUGUGAUCGCCAUGGUAACGCACAGUGCCGGAUACAGCGGUUCACAUGGUGUGUUCUGCAUGGCCGUGUGGUGCUUCUGCUUUGCCAUGACAGUCCUGGUCUUCUUCUUGGACGCCACUCGUCUCUACAGCUGCCUGCCGAUAUCCUGGGACAACCUGACCGUCACCUGUGCCGCCAUUGCAGCGCUCAUGUACGUGACAGCCUCUGUGGUCUAUCCGCUCUUCUUCAUCCAAUCAGAGUGUCCCUACGCCGGCUGCGACGUCCGAAACUACCGCAUAGCCGUCACCGUCUGCUCCAUCCUGGGAACACUGGCCUACGGGGCUGAGGUGGCCUUGUGCCGAGCUCGGCCGGGCCAGGCCGUGGUGGGCUACAUGGCCACGGUGUCCGGGCUCCUCAAGGUGGUCCAAGGCUUUGUGGCCUGCGUCAUCUUUGGUGCACUGGCCAACGGGGGCCAGUAUUCCCGUUACGCCGCCACCAUCUACUGCGUGGUGGUCUACGCCUUCUGCUUCUCUCUGACUACGAUGGUGGUCGUCACGACGGUUUGUGGACGCACCAAGUCCGUGCGCUGUAUGCCUUUUGAUCGCUUCGUGGUGGUGUGCACCUUGCUGGAGGUUCUUUUAUACAUGAGUGCUUCAGUGGUGUGGCCUGUUUACUGUUUCGACAACAAAUAUGGCUCCCCUUGGCGCCCGUCGUCAUGUCCUCAUGGGAAAUGUCCGUGGGACAGCAAAGUUGUGGUGGCGGUUUUCUCCUUAGCCAACUUCCUGCUCUACAUGGCAGACCUCAUCUACUCUCAGAGGACAUGCUUCAUCUCAUCACGUUUGUCCACCAACUCACGGGCGUAGCGUUCAUGACUAUUAGAUAUUAUCAUUCCAUAUGAUUAUCCAAUGUGAUUAUUAGAUACUGUCUGCUUCACUACUUGGAUUCAUGUGACAGACAUCUUUACGAAUUUCAUCUCCAAGUGGACUUUCUUGAAAACACUGACAUGUGUCAGUGGACAAAUGUCAUGUACUUAACCCACUGGAAAGUUCCAAAUGUUCUACCUCGGACAAAGAAAAGCAACAUGAAAACACUAAA